UUUGAAUACAAAAAGGUCCAGGCUUGGGCCCAGCAAGCCCAAGAGCGCGGUCCAGAAAAAUUGAUAAAAACCAAAACAAAAAUUUUAAAAACCUAAUAGCCAGGCCGGAGCUCUAUUACCUUGGCCCAGACCGGCCCUAGGGGCCACUGACUCAUUGCCGCACCCACUCACAUAAACCAUGUCAUUUUAUAAUGUAGAGGCAAGGCGUACGAACAAUUCCCAUGGAACGUCUUUUUAUCGCUCAUGCAAGUGUUUCAGUGGCACCAUCCAAAACCAAUCCUCCGAACUUGGUUUCGCGCCAUGUCUUGUCUAGUAGGCCUUUGCACUGCAAGACACAUUUCGCUUGCCCACACAAUCUCUCUCCUCCUCCAUUAACAAGCCACAGUUUGCUUUCUCUCUCCAUCCACUUGCAUUAAACAAAAUGAUGUGCGGCGCUUAUAAAUUCCCUCAUUUCCCCUCCUCGUCCCUUGCUUCUUGGAGAAACUCCGCAACUACCCCAAGAGCUAAGAUGGCUUCUUCUGGUAUGAGUUCGGUUGCAACUGAAGUUUCGCCUUCUCCUCCUCUUCCAGAGAAGCGCAUACUCUUGGGAUGUGGUUCUAUUUCCACUGAUUUCCUCGCAGCUGUGAAGUCCUACCCCAAACCAGAUGAUAAAAUUCGGACUACGAGCUUAGAGGUCCAAGGGGGCGGAAAUGCCGGGAAUGCUUUAACUGGAGCAGCACGCCUAGGGCUCAAGCCAAGAUUGAUAUCAAAGGUUGCAAAUGAUGCUCAAGGGCAACGAAUUUUGGCUGAACUAGAAGCUGAUGGUAUUGACACCUCAUAUAUUGUGGUUUCUGAGAGUGGGAAUUCCUCAUUUACCUAUGUUAUCGUUGAUGAGCAAACUAAAACGCGGACUUGUAUACACACUCCUGGAAAUCCUCCAAUGGUGCCUGAAGACCUUGCGCCUUCAAGUUUGUCUGCUGCUUUAGAUGGAGCAAGUCUUCUAUAUUUAGAUGGACGGCUACAUGAGACUGCUUUAGUUGUUUCAGAAUCAGCUGUAAAAAUGAGCAUUCCAAUUCUAAUUGAUGCAGAAAGAAAGAGAGAAGGGUUAGAUGAUCUUCUGAAUUUAUCCGAUUAUGUUGUGUGCUCGGCAAACUUUCCUGUUGCGUGGACUUCAGCUCGGUCGAUUGGCAGUGCACUAGUGGAUAUGCUUAUGAAAUUGCCUAAACUGAAGUUUGUGAUCGUAACCCUUGGGGAGUCUGGUUGCAUUAUGCUUGAGAGAAGUUUAGGAGAGAACCACGCAAAGGAAGAAACAGAUGUAGACCAAUUAGUAGUGUCCAUGAAACAAAAACUUCAUGGAAGUGGUACUGCUCCAACUUGUAUAUCGUCCGAACUUCUAAAGCUAAGAGCAGGUGGAAUCGGCACCAUCAAUGGUAGGUUGCUUGUAGGGACUGCAGAAAAGAUACCACCUUCAGAGCUUAUUGACACCACAGGAGCAGGAGAUGCAUUCAUUUGUGCUAUUCUCUAUGCUAUCUGUGCUGGCAUGCCCUCAGAGAGAAUGUUGCCCUUUGCGGCCCAAGUGGCUGCUAUUGGUUGUAGAGCUUUGGGUGCCCGAGCUGGUCUACCUAGACAUGGGGAUCCACGCUUGACCCCAUAUUUGUAGUAGUGCUUGCCAUGCCAAUUACAUCCAAAGCAUACAAUGGAGAUUAUGAAGGUUUUUGGUCUUAAACUGCGAUUCAUUUUACAAUUUUUUACCAUCAAUAUGAUCUCAACAAAUUUAACUGUGCAUAAUUGAGACAGAGGAGCUGAUCACGUUCAAUAAUAUGUAUUCAGCGCUAAGUUUUUGUCAGUGAUUGUUAAGUUGUGAUUAACCUUCUCAUAAAUUGAAGGUAACAUAAAAUAAAGUUGAAAUCUA